AUGGCUCCUAUUCGCAAACCAACUGUUAGAAAAGAGUCCCAUGAAGACACAUGCAAUACAAUUAGUAGUGCUGUUUCUGAGCCUGUAAAUCAAGAGGAAGAUAGUUUUGAAUUUGAACAGGAAGAUGUUGAAAUAAAUUCUGAGCUUAGAAACCUAAAUGACACAAAUGACAUUUUGGAUAUACGGACAAGAAACCAACCUUUCUCUGAAACGGAUUGCGUGUUUGGCCCUGAAGAUAAUGUCCAGUAUACAAGUGACACUUAUGAAGAAGAAUAUGAAGAUGAAUCCGAUGUUGAGAUGGACAAUGAUGAAGAUUCUUUGUUGGAAUCAAUCUCGGAAUUGAAUUUGAUUUACCGAUUCAUUGUUAUUUUGGUUGCUCUUUUUGUCUCGCUAUACGUCGUAGAUGAAGGUGCUGUAAUCCUGAUUGCCAUAAUCAACAAGAUACUGCAGUUUUUGUUUGACCCAUUCCGCCUUCCAGUGAGUGUUGCUGGCCUCAAACGUUUGGCCGGAUUUGAAGUGUUGACAAGUGGUGUCAAGAAGUAUGUUGCAUGUAGCGAAUGCCAUGCCAUAUAUGAUAAUGAAGCCGCCCCUUUGUGUUGUACAUCACCCAAUUUUGGCACUGCCAAAAGAAUGCUGGAGAGAUGGGUUGCGGAUGGAUUAAUCGAUGAUAAAAAACUCGUUGCCAUGCAAAAGGCUGUUGAGAAGGUAGUGUUGCCGCCCGAUUACACAUCACUUGGGACAAAGAUUGCCAAGGGAUUUCCCUAUAUGAAGGCUGAUGAGUGGAAGUCUUGGUGCCUUGUGUACUCUCCUGUGGUUCUAAGGGAUGUGUUGCCAUUGCCAGAGUUCAAGAACUGGAUAGAGUUUGUUAACGCAUGCAGAUACUUCACCAAGCCUAGUGUUUCUGAAGAAGACAUUGAGAAAGGACACAAAUGCUUAGAAGAAUUCUGUAAAGGGUGUGAGACAUUGUACGACCUGGACCUUCUCUCUCCCAACAUGCACCUGCAUCUGCACUUACGCCAAACAAUGAUUGACUUUGGGCCCGUCUAUGGCUAUUGGCUUUUCAGCUUUGAAAGGUACAAUAGUGUCCUGAAAAAUAUCAAGACCAAUCGAAGAAACGGGUUCGAAUCGACAUUUAUGAGACAGUUUAUUGAAGAGUCGUGGAAGGGAGAUUUUGUGCAUCGACUUCUGAAACCUAUGCAUGCACUUGCAUGUUUUGAAAUUUUCGAUAAGUUCACCACCAACAACAACACCAACACCAACACUAACACUAACACCAACACCAACACCAACACCUACCUCUCUCACUCUUUCUCAAUUUCUGAAUAUCUUGAAGCUUCACAGAAUCUUUCAAUGAUAAUUCGUGGAAACGAGCCCCUGCCACCAUCCGCCUUGCCAUUGAAAACAAGACCAUUAUCAUUUAUGCCAAAACAUGAAUAUGAUUGUCUUGUAGGAUACUAUCAAGCUGCGUACAAGAAUCCACAGAUCUCAGGUUGCAAAGAUGUAAUUGAUGACUCACCUUUCGUCAAUGACUGGAUCGAAAUGGUGAAGUCCGUUGAUCUUCUUGGGCAAAGCUACAAAGGGUGCAUUGGCAUGAAUGGCCGCGGAUCAUACAUACAAGCAUAUUUCACUGAACGGACUGGGUCGGAACAUGCGUAUGUUGGAGAGAUUCAGUACCUUUUUGUUCACAAUUUUAGGCCAACUGUUUCUUCUCUAACAUACAGAAAUCCCCAUAGUAGUCAGCAUGUAUUUGCAUUUGUCAAAUGGUUCAAAUCCACUUCGGACAAAACAAGAGAAUUAGAAGGAGUUGAGUUGUUACAGGAUGAAUUCUACAAGCAAGAUUUUCAAAGCAUCCUGCCAGUACAUCGGAUUCUCCUAACAGUUGCAAUAGUAGAUUACAAAACUACAAAAAAUGUCAACAAAAAACUCGCGAUUCCUUUACCAAAAAAAAAUUACUAUUAA